AUGGCGAGCAGGGCCGUGCCGCCCCCUCCCUCCGUGGCAUCGAUCCGGCCGCCCGUGACGCAGCCGUCCGCGCCACCGCAGACCACGGCGGGGUCCCAUGCGGACCGCCAUCCCCUACUCCCUCCGCCGCCCUCCCCGGCGCACGGCGGGCGGAGCUCCAUGGCGGAGCUCGGGCACAGGGACCCCUCCUCGUCGUGGAUCUGGCGUGGGCGGCCCCCUCCUCCCUCCCUCGCCGCGCCCGCAUGGAGCCAUAGCGGAAGCGGAGGCGGAGACACGAGUGCAACCAUGGCGUUCGCCAUCCCCUGCUCCCUCUGCCGCCCUCCCCGGCGCCACCCCCCCCUCCCCUCCCGGCGUCAUGGGGAGCUGAGCGCCGGCGGCGGCGGUGCGCAAGCACGGCGCGGUGCUGCGGCGGAGGCGAGCCCGACAGAGGAGCUGAGCGUCGACGACUCCCCUCCCGGCGACGGCGGCUUCCGGCGGCGGCGGCGGUGCCUUCCGGAUGGGCGUGCGAGGCCGCAACCUUCCUCGGCAAGGUGGGGCCGGCGUGGGGUAGCGGAGGUCUGCUGCCCCGCUUGA